AUGAGCAAAAUCCACACCUUUUUCGAUGAGAACGGCUACUACUUGGCAAAGGGCGUUUUCUCAGCAGAUGAGAUCCACUCACUUGAGAACGAGUUUGAUCGAAUGGUGCGACAACUCGAAAAACCCAAUGAAGACGAUCCAAAUCAUAACGGUAUCAUCUCCACACGCAAUGUGCAGCAGUAUUCUAGUCUGUGGCUGACAGCCCUACUUCACAAUGGGUUCCUCGACAUCGCUGAACAAUUCAUCGGCCCUGAUAUCGUUCUCAAUCAUUCGACACUCUUUGAGAAGCGAAAGACGACCGCAGACACACCCUUCAAGAUGCACCAAGACUGGAGUUACCUGCCAACUCAGCAGAACACCAUGAUCGCCGGAAUGAUUCACGUCAGCGAAGCGACGGAAGAAACAGGCUGUCUAAGGGUCUAUCCCGGAUCACACAAACAGGGACGGUUGGAGAGUUCAAAGGCGGUUGACCCUGAGUUUCACGAAAAAUUUCCAUUUGAAGGUGCCACAUCGAUUGAAGCCGAGCCCGGUGAUGUCACCUUCUUCGAUUACUUUAUUGUACACGGUUCAAAGUCCAACCACUCUGAGCAGCCAAGGAAGGUAAUAAUUGCGAGGAUGUUUUCCGGCAAGGAUCGGAAGGAAGACAUUUAUCAGUUUAGUGAGAAUUUGGUGUUGCGCGGCUGGAACUACCAUACAAACGCGGCGACCGCUAGGAAAGCUGUUGUGAAACCCGAAUAG